AAAAAAGUGAAAUAGCAAGUUUCCUAAAUUUCUCCAGUCCCAAAGAAUAUUCCACCAAAAUUUUUAAUUAGGCGGCAUAGUCAAAUUAGGGUUUAAUUACAUUCCCCACUAAAAUUAGGGUUUUCUCAUUAAUUUCCUCUUAAUUACAGAUUUAAUCCCACUCUACCUCUAUAUAUAUAUACACACACACGCCUAAGGAUUUCCCAACUUAAAAAACCCUAAUUUCUCAAUCUCUUCUUCAACUUUUUUUUUUAACGAUGGCUUCAGAGGAUCAAUCGGCGGCGAGAUCUACCGGGAAGGUGAACUGGUUCAACGCUUCUAAAGGCUAUGGUUUCAUUACUCCUGACGAUGGCAGCGUAGAGCUUUUCGUUCAUCAAUCUUCAAUUGUCUCCGAAGGUUACCGGAGUUUAACCGUCGGCGAUGCGGUUGAGUUCGCUAUUACUCAGGGAAGCGACGGUAAGACUAAAGCCGUCAAUGUUACUGCUCCUGGUGGUGGUUCUCUCAAGAAGGAGAAUAACUCUCGUGGUAACGGUGCUAGGCGCGGCGGCGGUGGAAGCGGUUGCUACAAUUGCGGUGAGUUAGGUCAUAUCUCUAAAGAUUGUGGUAUUGGUGGCGGCGGCGGAGGUGGUGAACGUAGAUCUAGAGGAGGAGAAGGUUGUUACAAUUGUGGUGAUACUGGUCACUUCGCUAGGGAUUGUACUUCAGCUGGAAACGGUGACCAACGUGGAGCCACCAAAGGUGGAAACGAUGGUUGCUACACUUGUGGUGAUGUUGGUCACUUUGCUAGGGAUUGUACUCAGAAGGUUGCUGCCGGAAACGUCAGAAGCGGUGGUGGUGGUAGUGGAACUUGUUAUUCAUGCGGUGGAGUUGGUCACAUUGCAAGAGAUUGUGCGACUAAGAGACAGCCUUCUCGUGGGUGUUACCAGUGUGGUGGUUCUGGUCACUUGGCUCGUGAUUGUGACCAGAGAGGAAGCGGUGGAGGAGGUAAUGAUAAUGCGUGCUACAAGUGUGGUAAGGAAGGUCACUUUGCAAGGGAAUGUUCUUCUGUAGCUUAAUCGAUUUCCUAAUCAACAAAACAAAAAAACAAGAAUGAAAUUGAAUCGAGUUAUAUAGUUUGGUAUAUAUUACUCUUCGUUUUCAUUUAUCUUUUUUUUUGUUGUUGAUGGGAAUGAAAUUGCCUGGUCCUUUUGGUGUGUUUUUGAGCUUUUAUUAUUAUACAGAGUGAUCCCUUUUUGUUAUAACUAUUACAAGUUUUUAGCUUUAUUUGAUAUGGAUGCUCUCUCCUUUUCUUCUAUCUGUUUCUGGAAAUUUUGACCUCAUCAUAUUACUUAUGUCAUCCAAAGUUUGAGUUUUGUCCUUUUUAUUAAAGUGCUGCUAGUUUCAGUUCAUUGCUUUUGUACUUGGAUGUUUUGACUAUUAGCAGCACAGGUAUGACGUCUCAAGUUCAAUAGUACUUUUUAACCCUUUGACACAAGAUGAAUCCAAUCCACUGGUUCUUUUGUUGUUGGUAAUUGUUAUAGACUUUUUAGCUUUAUCUGAUAUGAGUGACAUCCCAAUUAUCAAUUGUGACUUAAUUAGUAACCUGUGAAUUGAUGGAUAUGAUUUUGCAGUUUCAUCCUUCUUUACCAAUAAAGGACUGGAUACAAAUCUUGUGGACAAAGUUCAAGUGAUGACCUCAGUCUUACCUGAUUAAUCCCUGCUUUGUACAGUCAUUUAGGGAAUGUCACAG